GCAAACUCCAGUUACUGAUAUAGUUUAUUAGUUCGGCUUUUUGGCUGCCAGGAAACGGUUGUCAACGAAGGCGCUUUAUUGAUAUUCCACUAUUACAAAAGGUUGCAAUGGGGAGUGGACUCUUUCCGAAUAAUAUUAUGCUGCGACUAAGUUUUGGCACAAUAAAAAUUGAUGGGUUCGAUAAACUGGUUAUGAAUCAAGUUUUUGCAAGUUCUUUGAACUACGCACGAAAAGGAAGUUCAGGAAGUGCUGGGCAUUGCUAUAAAUACAGCGGUUCCAAACUUGGCAACGCUUAGAUCCAAUAGAGAACAUGAGGCAAAACAAGAUAACGAUUUUGGGUCUGGCCCUGCUGCUUUGCUUAGGGCUUGCACACUCACAUGGUUUUGGUGGAAAGUUCGGAGGAGGUUACGCCCCUGUCUACAACAACUUUGUCCCAUAUCCAGUUGCCCAACCGAUUCCAGUGGCCCAGCCUGUUCCAGUUCCAGUGGCUAUUCCUCAACCAAUUCCAGUCCCAGUCCCGCAACCAGUAGUUAUUCCUAUCAAACACGGAUGGAAGGGCGGUCUAGGUCUAGGUGGAUUUGGCGGAGGUUAUGGCGGCGGUUUCGGAGGCUACCAGAACUUUGCCUCUGCCUCCUCAUUUAGCUCUGCCAGUUCAUUUGGCGGUGGCUAUGGCGGCUUAGGCGGUGGCAUCUUUAGAAGGCGCUAG